AUGACAGGUUUCACCAAGUCGUCCGAGAACGAGAAAUCUGCGACCAAAGUGGCCGCCGAUCGCCAUUCGACCAACUACGACGUUUCGCGCUCCAGUUCAGAUUCGCACACGCUCGCUGGCGCUGCAAGACCAGACAAGUACGAGAAGGGUGCGAUUCCGACCUACGGCGGUCUCACGGGUGACAAGCUCAUCUGGGCCAUCACUGCUUCGGCAUCAUGCGGGUGAGUUUUCUUGCAGCAGAGUUCGCAGGCGGAGCUGGCUUCGUCGCGUCGUCGUCGUCGCCGAAGUUGGCUUUUGCUGGCUGGCUUUGCGCGUUCGAUUCGUCGGCCGAGCAACGGGACUUGCUUUAGUGCCGGUACAGUGCCGGGAAACAAAAGGCGCUCAAUUUUUGACUUUGUGUGUACGCGCAGUUUCGGUUUGUUCGGUUACGAUCAGGGUGUUAUGGUCAGUUUAUUCGGACAUCUUUCAUCGCAAACAGCCACUUGCAAAUGCUCAAGAUGCUGAUCUCUUUCGCGCCUCGGCUGCUAUUGAUCCUCGCAGAGUGGAAUCAUCAGUGCUCCUCAGUUCUUCCGCGUGCUCCCGACCCUCAACCCCGAGGUCAGCGGUGACUACCAAGCCAGUGUGUUGCAAGCCUUCAUCGUCGCCAUCUACGAAGUGAGUGCCAGCUGCACAUCCUCUGCCAUCGAUUACGCGCGCGGUUGAUUGACCUGGCCCCUAUCGAUCCGCGCUCGCUAGAUUGGUUGCCUCGCCGGCGCUAUCUUUGCCCUUUGUUAUGGUGACCGCCUCGGUCGCCGCAAGAUGAUGGUCACCAGUGCCGCCAUCAUGUGCAUCGGUGUCAUACUCCAGAUCACGACCAUGAAGAACCACUCCGCAUUCGCUCAAUUCACCAUCGGUCGCAUCGUCACCGGUCUCGGCAACGGCAUGAACACCGCGACCAUCCCGACGUGGCACGCCGAGACAGCCAAGGCCCACAACCGCGGUCUGCUCAUCUGCAUCGAGGCGUCCAUGAUCUCUACGGGUACGGCCAUCUCGUACUGGAUCGACCUUGGCUUCAGUUACAUCGACAACAGCAUCUCGUGGCGUACCCCGAUCGGCCUGCAGAUGGUCUUUGCCGUUGGCCUCGUCGUUUCUGUCGCAUUCCUUCCUGAAUCUCCUCGUUGGUUGCUCGCGAAUGGUCAACAAGAGGAGGGUCAAAGGGUUAUCGCUGCGCUCGAACCGGCCCCCAUCGAAUCGGAGCUCUUCGUCUCGCAGACCAAGGUCAUCAUCGACUCGCUCGAAGGCUCUGUUCAGCCCAAGAAGAAGGACGUGCUCAACAACGGCCCGACCCAACACCUUCGCCGUGCUUUGCUUGGUGCUUCGUCGCAAAUCAUGCAACAGAUUGGAGGUUGCAAUGCUGUCAUCGUACGCUGACUGCGCGAACUCUUCGAUUGCUGUAAUGUUUGGUUACUGACGUAUCAUUCGUGCACCACAUUACAGUACUUCGCACCCGUCAUCUUCCAGCAAAACUUGCAUCUCUCGCGCGAGUUGUCGCUCAUCCUCGGUGGUGUCAACGUAACGGUCUACGCCCUUUCAUCCGGUAUCGCCUUCUACACGAUCGAGCGCGUCGGCCGUCGCAUCCUCUUCCUCGUUGGGUCGGCCGGUCAAGCCUUUUCCAUGUUCAUCAUCAUGGGUUUCCUCAUCCCCGGUAACGACAAUCUUAUCAAGGGCAGUGUGUUCGGUAUCUUCCUCUACCUCGCCUUCUUCGGUUUCACCUGGCUCCAACUCCCGUGGAUCUACCCCGCCGAGGUCAAUCCCUUGGCGACGAGGACCAACGCCAACGCCUUGUCGACGAUCUGCAAUUGGCUCUUCAACUUUGCCGUCGUCAUGUGGACUCCGCCGAUGUUGACUGCGAUCGUGAGUGCCUUCCGGUGGAGCAAGGUUCUGCAUGAGUGGAGCACUGAUCCUUGAAUUUUCCUUCGAUCUCAAUCAGAACUGGGGCACUUUCCUUUUCUUCGGUGUGCUCAACGUGCUCUUCAUCCCGUUCAUCUGGGUAUUCUAGUCAGUCCGAUCUCCCAUCCCACAUUCCACCCCCUUGAUCCAGUCAUUAACCCACCCUUCCACUCACAGCCCCGAAACCGCCGGUCGCACCCUCGAAGAAAUCGACUGCAUCUUUGCGCGCGCCUACGUCGAGAAGCAAUCCUACGUCAAGGUCGCGGCUGAGAUGCCCAAAUUGACCGACGCAGAGAUCGAGAACGAAUGGCGACGACUCGGUCUGACGGGCGAAGUCGAAGGCCCGCGUGGUUUGGAGGAUGCGAGGGACUUGCCCUCGGUGGUCUAG